AUGUAUAAACCAAAAAUGAUUGAAAAUGAGAAAGAUCUUAAUUGUUACAUGAAACAUGAAUUACCUGUCACAAUGAUUAUACUAGAUUCUAAAUAAAAUGUAAAUGGAAGACUUUUAUGUUAAUAAUGCAUUGAUAAUAAUGAAUUUAAUUUUGACAAGUUAUUUGGAUUAUAGAAAGCUAUUAAUAUUAUGGAAGAUAAUAGGAAGAAUUUAUUAUCAAAUUUUGAAAAUACAAUUACAAAGAACAUUAAAAAAGUAGAAUCUUUGUAAAUGCAAAUAAAUUCUUUAAAGUCUAAUCUUAAUUAAAAAUUAGAUUAUUUACUUGAUAUCACAAAGAAUUGGAUAUAAAAUUUAGAAGUAAUAAUAUAAUAAUACACCGAGUAUAGUUUUUUUAAAGAGAUUAAUUUAAUAAUAAUGAAUAAAUAAAAUAAGGAAGAUCAUAAAUAAUUUAAAAAUUAGAUUAACUUAUUAAAUGAUGGUUGGAUAAAAAAAAUUAGAAAUCAUUUCUAAUUUUUUAAAUCAUUUUCAGAAUACGAAAUUUGUAAUGAAAUAUUGAAUAAUCUAAAUUAAUCAAUAUAAGAAUAAUAAUAAAACCAAGUUACAUUAUAAUUUAUUGAUGAUUCAAUUGAAUAAAAAGAAGGUUGUAGAGCAAUUGUAUUUGAUCCAAAAGGAAAGAUAAUGGUAUCAACAAGUGGAAAGGAGAUUAAAAUUUGGAAUUUUGAUAAUGGUAAAAUUAAUUUAAUUCAAACACUUUAAGAACAUUAAGAAUUUGUUAAUUGUUUAGUAUAUAGUUAAAUAUAAUAAUUUUUUAUUUCUGGCUCUUCAGAUAAGUCAAUUAGAUUAUGGAAAUAUGUGAAUAAUAAAUGGUAGAGUUCUAAAAGAUAUAAUGAGCAUAAAGGAAUGAUUUAUUGUGUAAUUUUAACUUAAAAAGAAGAUUAAUUAAUUUCAAGUAGUAAUGAUAAAUCAAUUAAAAUAUGGAUGGUAGAUUUUAACAAUGAUUAAUUGAGAUUUCUAUAUUCAUUAGAAAAACAUACUGGUAUUAUAUAUUCUUUAAGUUUAAAUUAAUCAGAAUAAAUAAUGGUUUCUAGUGGAGUUGAUUAAAUUAUAAUCUGGUAGAAUGGAAAAAAUAAUAAAUGGAAGUUUUUGUAAGUAGUUAAGUAAACAUUAUAAGAGAUUGGAUGUCAUGUUAAAUUUUUAAAAGAAAAUUAAUUUAUUUGGUUACCUGAAAAAAGUAAUAACUUGUGUGUAUUUGAAUAUUAAGAUGGUGAAUUUAAAGAGAAUUUAUAUAAGAGAGUUUGUUUUUAAAAAAAUUAAGGAUAUUUAAAUGAAUUUAAUUUUCCAAUAAUUUAUAAUGAAGAUAAAAAUUUAAUAUGUUUAAGACAUCUAUAACAUAUUUGUUUACUUAAAGCGUAAAAUGAUGGAUAAUUAUAAAUUAUUUAGGAAUUUGAUUGUAAACAUUAGUGUAUAUAUGGAACAAUAACAAAUAAUGGAUAAUAUUUAAUAUUUUGGGGUGCAGAAAAAAACAAAUAUGAAAUUUAUGAAAUAUUAAAUAAUUGA